CUUCUGUGCAGCUCUUGGUGAAUUCCUUCCAGCCAUCACAGUUAUGGUGUCUUUCGUCUUGACUUAAAUAUUCAAGAUCUUGCCGCAGUGCUUAGUUUCGUGAUCAUGACUAUACUUGGAUUCUAUCUAGAACGAACCACGACACCAUCUGUUUUUGUAAUCUAUGUUGUUCUAGUGAGUAUUCGUCAGUGUCAUAUCCAUGUGCAUUCUCCCGAUUUAGAACAGGCGAUGCUCAUCUUUGUACCUUUGUGUUGGAGAAAGAGCUGACAAACACAAAUAUUGUUUUCAUUGCAGUAAUGCAAACGCAAUUAGAAGAGGCACUGCACAUGGGUCCACCAUCUGUGCGAGUCCACUUAAAGAAAUAGAUCAAUCUUGCACAUGGUAAACGCGGAGAAAUAUGAGAGGAUAACGAGUGACGAG